AUGCGUACGUGGCUCCUGCUGUUGGGUCUCGGCCUUUGCGCCCUUUCCGUCUACGCCGAAUCGGAGGUCGCCGCCUCCGAGACGGAGCUGAUCCGCGACAAGCGCGAGGAUGCCGCCGUCACCCCCAUCGAGCCCGUCUCCGCCAAGCUUGCCGAGGCCCACAAGGCCGCCCCCAAGACCGACAUCAACAAGGCCAAGCGACAGGCCAAGCGCGCCAAGGCCCUCCGCAAGCAGCGCAAGGCUAAGGCCCUGAGGAAGAGGAAGCACGCCCGCGCCGUCGCCAAGAGACGCCACAACAAGCGCGCCGCCCUCCGCCGCAGACACCAGCGCAAGGCCGCCCUCCGCCGCCACCACAAGCGCGCCCACCGCAAGCACCACCGCAUCGCCAAGCGCCGCCGCCACAACCAGCGCCGCAUCCGCGCCCAGCGCAAGGCCAAGGCCGCCCGCGCCGCCGCCGCCGCCGCUGCCGCCAAGAACGAG